AUAAAUGGCAGUAAGUAUUUUGCAUCGCUGUCGGUCGGCGGUCGGCCUCUGCUCCUCAUCUCUGUCCGUCCAUUGUCGGUAGGAGUAAGGGCUCUCUCUCGUUUUCGCGCUGCCGCUGACUAAUUAACGGACGCCUCUCUCAGUCUUUCAAUUCUCGGUUCUAUGGUAAUUUCUAAGGUGCGAUGGAAAGGGUGCACCACUUCUCGUAGCUAAACAAGUUCGUGAACCCUAGCUAAACCCUCGUAGGAGUUGCUCGUUGUCUUCUUCUUCUUCUUCUUUUUUUAUAAAUAAUAAUAUUAGUAGUAACAAACAUAUUACUGCCAGUCCCCUUUCUAUUCGCCAAGAAGCUGCCAUGGCAAUGGAUAGUGGCGCUGAUGGGCAGUCUCACAAGGCUCACCGCUCUCGCCACUCGGGUGCCUCUGCAAAAAAGAAAACCAAAGCCAGAAACAAGGAUCAAAACUCCGACCAGAAGCAGCAAAACCCUAAGGCAUUUUCUUUUCGUUCCAAUGCAAAAGCGAAGCGAUUGCAAUCGCGUGCCGUUGAGAAAGAACAACGUAGGCUUCAUCUUCCUGUUAUCGAUCGUUCUUAUGGCGAGCUGCCUCCGUUUGUGGUCGUGGUGCAGGGGCCCCCUCAGGUUGGAAAGUCUCUUUUAAUCAAGUCUCUCGUAAAGCAUUACACAAAGCAUAAUUUACCUGAGGUUCGAGGACCAAUAACCAUAGUAUCAGGCAAGCAACGGCGCUUGCAGUUUGUUGAGUGUCCAAAUGAUAUCAAUGGUAUGAUUGAUGCUGCAAAGUUUGCUGAUCUAGCAUUGCUUCUCAUUGAUGGGAGUUACGGCUUUGAAAUGGAAACAUUUGAAUUCCUUAACAUAUUGCAAGUUCAUGGUUUUCCAAAGGUGAUGGGAGUUCUUACUCACCUUGAUAAUUUUGAGGAUGUAAAGAAACUAAAGAAAACAAAACAGCGUCUCAGACACCGUUUCUGGACAGAAAUAUAUGAUGGAGCUAAAUUGUUUUAUUUAUCUGGUCUCAUUCACGGGAAGUAUCCCAAGCGAGAAGUUCACAAUCUUGCAAGAUUUAUAUCUGUUAUGAAGUUCCCUCCUUUAUCGUGGAGGACUUCUCAUCCGUAUAUCUUGGUUGACCGUUUUGAAGAUGUUACUCCCCCCGAGAGAGUGCAAAUGAACAGUAAAUGUGAUAGGAAUGUUACGCUUUACGGUUAUUUGCGAGGUUGUAAUUUGAAAAAGGGAACUAAGGUCCAUAUUGCCGGUGUUGGAGACUUCAGCUUGGCUGGUGUUACAGGCCUAUCUGAUCCUUGCCCUUUACCAUCAGCUGCAAAAAAGAAGGGACUCCGUGACAAAGAAAAACUUUUUUAUGCCCCCAUGUCUGGACUUGGGGAUCUCUUGUAUGACAAAGAUGCAGUCUACAUAAACAUUAAUGACCACUUUGUUCAGUAUUCUAAAGUUGAUGAAAUGGGGGGAACAACAAAUAAAGGAAAUAAAAGAGAUGUUGGUGAGGCCCUGGUGAAAUCACUUCAGACUAUAAAGAACCCAAUUGAUGAGAAGUUGGAAAAGAGUAAAAUUUCCCUUUUUAGUCAGAAUCCUAAUAGCUCAUUGGAAGCUGAAGAUCACAACAGGGGUUCUGAUGAGGCACCAAAGCUAAUUCGUGAUAUAGAGCCUUUGAAGCAAUACCAGUCUAAUGGAGAAGAAGAUGAAAGUGAGUUUGAUCUGGAUGGUUCAGAGUCUUCAGAUCAAGAUGAAGGUGUUUCAGAAGGUGCAAUGCUGAAAAAUGAAGGUAGGAAUUUUGAAGAAGGAAAUGCAGAUGCGUCAGAGCGGCUGGGUCGAGUUAAGGAACAAGUUGAGUUUCACAAUGGUAGGAAAAGGAGAAAAGCAAUCUUUGGAGACGGUGUUGAUCAUAGUAAUCUCAAGAGUACAGAUGAAGAGAAUGAAGGUGAUGAAGAUGAUGAUGAUGAUGAUGACAAUGAUGAAGGUGAAGAUGACAGAAGCAAUGAAGAUAAUGAGUCAUGUUCAGGUUCAGAGUUUUCCGAUGGUGAUGAAGAGGAUCUGAAGUCUGAGGAAGAUGGCAUGGGAAACAUAUCAAAGUGGAGAGCAUCAUUGGUGGAAAGGGCAUCUAAAAAACAGAAUAUAAACCUGAUGCAGCUUGUAUAUGGGAAAUCUACAUCAACAUCGAACACUUCCGCUAAUGAAGUGAAGGAUGACAGUGAGAAUGAAGAGAGCGAUGAAGAUGAAUUUUUUAAGCCCAAAGGGCAAAGGGCAAAGAAUUCGAUUGAAGGAUUAGAUGGUGGGAACAUCAACACUGAGGACUGUUCGAAAUCCACUAAAUUUUCAGAACUUAAGAACUGGAAAGAAGAAGAAGUAUAUGAGAGUGUUCGUGAUCGUUUUGUCACUGGUGAUUGGUCUAAAGGUGCCCUCAGAAAUCAAAUGUCAGAAGCUAAAACUGAAGAAGAUGAUAUGGAUGGUGACUUUGAAGAUUUAGAAACUGGUGAGAAGUAUGAGAGUCAUCAGAAAGAUGAUUCUAGUAAUGGUGGAAUCGAAAAGGAAGAUGAUGAUGCAAUUGAGGAGCGGAGGUUAAAAAAGCUGGCUCUCCGUGCAAAAUUUGAUGCUCAUUAUGAUGGAUCCGAAUCACCAGAAGAGGAAACUGAUAAACAAAAUGGGGGAAAGUUUCAUCACAGUCAAGCGAAUGACAGUGGGUAUUAUGACAAGUUGAAAGAAGAGAUUGAACUCCAGAAACAAAUUAAUAUAGCAGAACUCGAGGAUCUUGAUGAGACUACCCGGUUGGAAAUUGAGGGAUUCCGAACAGGAAUGUAUCUAAGGUUAGAAGUUCAGGAUGUUCCUUUUGAGAUGAUAGAGUAUUUUGAUCCCUGUCAUCCCAUUUUGGUUGGAGGAAUUGGUCUCGGUGAGGAAAAUGUUGGAUACAUGCAGACGAGGCUAAAACGACACAGAUGGCACAAGAAAGUGCUGAAGACUAGAGAUCCAAUAAUUGUUUCAAUUGGAUGGAGGCGUUACCAGACCACCCCUGUUUAUGCCAUUGAGGACCAAAAUGGAAGACAUCGCAUGCUCAAGUAUACUCCAGAACAUAUGCAUUGCCUUGCUAUGUUCUGGGGCCCUCUUGCUCCACCCAAGACUGGAGUGCUUGCUGUUCAGAAUUUAUCUAACAAUCAGGCGGCAUUUCGCAUCAUAGCAACAGCAUACGUACUUGAGUUCAACCAUGCAGCACGGAUAGUGAAAAAAAUCAAGCUAGUUGGAUACCCCUGUAAAAUAUUCAAGAAAACAGCCCUCAUCAAGGAUAUGUUUACUUCAGAUCUUGAAGUAGCUCGGUUUGAGGGUGCAGCAAUUCGAACUGUGAGUGGAAUCCGUGGGCAGGUGAAAAAGGCUGCAAAGGAAGAGAUUGGUAAUCAACCCAAAAAGAAGGGAGGGCAAGCUAGGGAAGGAAUUGCAAGGUGCACCUUUGAGGAUCGAAUUUUGAUGAGUGACAUUGUCUUUUUGCGCGCAUGGACUCAAGUUGAAGUUCCUCAGUUUUACAAUCCAUUAACUACUUCAUUGCAACCUCGUCAGAAGACCUGGCAAGGAAUGAAAACUGUUGCAGAAUUGAGGAGAGAACACAAUUUUCCUAUUCCUGUUAACAAGGAUUCCCUCUACAAGCUAAUUGAGAGAAAGCCAAGGAAUUUCAAUCCCCUUGUGAUCCCCAAGGCGUUACAAGCAGAUCUUCCGUUUGAAUCGAAGCCCAAGAAUAUACCACACCAGAAACGGCCACUUCUUGAAGAUAGAAGAGCUGUUGUCAUGGAGCCUCAUGAACGGAAAGUUCAUGCUCUUGUUCAACACCUUCAGUUGAUUAGAAAUGAUAAGAUGAAGAAGCGAAAGCUCAAGGAGGAGCAAAAACGGAAAGAAGUGGAGGCACAGAGAGCAAAGGAUGAACAGGUGUUAAGAAAGCGUAGAAGAGAAGAAAGACAAGAGAGAUACCGGGAGCAGGACAAACUAAAGAAAAAGAUUCGCAGACAUGUGGAAGCGUGAUGGUCAUUAUGCUCGUGUACAUGCAUGUGUGUUCAAUGAAACUUUUGGCAAAGGAGGUCAAUAUUAUCAACUCACGAACUCGAUUGUAUCUUAAAAGAAAAUAACUAUUCUGACCGCAACUGGGGACUCGAUGUUGGUUUGUUUAAGGUGUGUUGUGGUUGGAUGAAUCAUCAAUCGAUCCAUGAAGGUUUUUGGCGUCCCCUCCUUUGCUGUUAAAUAUUUCAACUUGUUUAAGCAGCAGCACAAGUGAUAAAUUUUUGUAAGCUAGUAGUGCCUAUGGAAUAUGCACCCCAAAUUUUGUUCUAAAAUUCCAAUAGUGAAUUGUCUUAAGCUCUUUGAAAUUUACAGUUAUAAUUUCUUAUUGAUUAAUUAACAUUUUAAA